AGCAAUUUGAAGUCUUAUCUGAAGAUAAGCAUUCGAUUCAAAAUUCUUGAAAUUAAGCUAAAAUUUUAAAUCCAUUUGACAGAACAAAAAACUCCUUUGGAACAUUUUAAUGUUGAUAUUUGUUUCUUAAUUUUGUAGGUUUUGUCCCUUAAAUAUAUUGUGAUAUGGAUUUAGAAAAUUCUGUUGACAUAUUUUGUUCUAAUGGGAAGAGUUUGUUCAAAGAUGCUGUAAAUGUAAACUGGAGUAAAGAUUUUUGUAUGAAGCAACAUCCAAAACUUCACAAGCUAAUAGAAGAGACAUGGACUCAAAAAUCAGAAAAAUGCAAAAACUUAUUUAAUGCUUCUAAAUUCAGGCUUCACAAGGUUGAGUUACAUAAAUCUAGUGAUGGAAACAUUCCAGCUGUUACCUUGCAUCUUGGCUCAACAAGUUAUAAAGAAUUCAUUGGCACUAAUUGUGCUACAUAUGCUGCUGAACUUGUGAGGGAUGGUAUCGACAAUUUUUCGAAUUCGCAAGCAUAUCUUGCGGAUCCACUUGGUGUUGGCUCUAUUAUUGAAACUACUGAUGAAAACUUAAUAUUCAUGCGUAGAAGUUUGAACUUGGCUGAAAUGCAAGGAAUGAUCGAUAGACCAGGAGGUCAUCCAGAACCAGACGAAGUUGAAAAAUCAACUGGACAUGAAUUAUGUGAUAAAGAUGCUGCUUUUAUAACUGCAGAACUGUUUGACUCAGUUUUAAAGGAAGUUAGAGAUGAAAUCAAUAUUCCUCUUGAGAAAUUAUCCCAACCUACUCUUUUGGGUAUUAGUUACAAUCCUUACACCUGGAAAAGACCAUCAGCUGAGUUUUAUGUCAAGUGCUAUUUGUCAGCUGCUGAAGUUCACAAUUUGUACAAGCAACAAACUCAAGCAGAAUCCGAAGAAUCUACAGAACUUAUAAUCAUUCCCCUCUCGGAUGUUUUGAAAAUGGACUUUCUGCAGAAAAGCAACUUUUACAAAGAGCUUACACCGGCUGCUCAGUCAGCUUUAUAUCUAUUCAAUAUAUUUCACUCUAAAGCAGCUUUUUUUUAAAAA